CUUCUUCUUCACUGUUGUCCUAUAAAUGAAACCAACAUCUUAAAAAAAAGGUAUUAUUUCGGUGGAUGAAAAUGGCUUUCAAUUCUUCACUUCUUUUCGAUUCUCUUUAUUGUCCAGAAGAGAACCGGGGGCAAGAGGAAGAGGCUAAAGAAGAUUACUUUGUUGAAGCAGACGACGAACUUUCUGGGAACCCUUUUCCAGUCUUGUUUGAACAUGACUUGUUCUGGGAAGACGAUGAACUUUCCUCUUUACGUUCAAAGGAAGAGCGGAAUCAACUGUUUGAUACCCAGCAAACAAAUGGGAAUCUCGCCGGACCUCGCUUCGAGGCCGUUGAAUGGAUGUUGAAAGUCAAUGUUCAUUAUUCCUUCUCCGCUCUCACAGCCGUUCUCGCCGUUAAUUAUUUCGAUAGAUUCUUGUUUAGCUUCCGGUUCCAAAGCGACAAGCCAUGGACGAUUCAACUAGCUGCUGUUGCUUGUCUUUCUCUGGCAGCCAAAGUGGAAGAAACCCAAGUGCCUCUCCUACUGGACUUACAGGUGGAGGAGAGCAAAUAUGUUUUCGAGGUCAAAACUAUCCAAAGAAUGGAGAUUUUGGUACUCUCUACACUUCAAUGGAAGAUGAAUCCUGUAACCCCAAUUUCAUUUCUUGAUUACAUUGCAAGGAGGCUUGGGUUAAAGGGUCAUUGUUGCUGGGAAUUUCUUCGGAGAUGUGACCAAAUUUUGCUCUCUGUUAUUUCAGAUUCCAGGUUUUUGUGCUUCCUCCCUUCUGUAAUGGCCACUGCUAUAAUGCUGCAUGUUAUGGAUAUUGAACUAGAAUUCCAAAACCAGCUCUUAGGCAAGCUGGGAAUUGAUAAGGACAAAGUGGAUGAAUCCUGUAAGUUGAUAAUGGAAUUGGCAAGAGCAAGAGUUGAAGGCACCCGAUCAAACAAGCGCAGGUUCAGCUCGAUUCCGGGAAGCCCAAAUGGUGUAAUGGAUUUGUUCUUUAAUUCCGAUGGAUCGAACGAUUCGUGGGCAGUUUCAUCAUCGACCCUGUCUUCUUCACCUGAGCUUGUGUCCAAGAAGAUCAAGACUCAGCGAGAACAGUUCCUGGAAAGGCUCGGCCAUGCUCCAUCAGAUUUUCUCAGCAAUCCUCACUAAUUUCCAUCUUCAAUUUCUCACUGUGUAAUAAUAUUUCUGUUCCCAUCUCUGCUUUUUUUUUUUCCAACCAAAACAUGAUUUGAGACAAAUUUCAGCUUGUGAAACUCAAAUGUCUCUUUAGGGAGUGAUUGGUUGGUGAGAAAAUUACAAGUAGAGAUGGCUUGCAUUUUAUCCGGAAGAAGUUAAC